AUGAAUUAUGCUGGACGUAAGCCAAUGAAACCGCUCAAUCAACUGAAGAAUAUUCACAAUGAACACUACGCUAAACUUCAGAAUAAACACGCCACAGAAACUGACUUGUUGGAUGACUUGAGAAUGUACUGUAAACAAAGAGCAGUCAUUGAACGCGAAUAUGGACAAUCAUUACAAAAGCUUGUAAACAGCUUUUUAUCUAAGAAAGAAUUUGUAUCGUCUGCAUCUUCAAAGAAUGAUAUGCUACUGUCUAGCAAACAGCCAACUGUUUGGCACAUAUGGCAUUCAUUAUUAACGGAGUCGAACAGUUUAGCUUUAUCUCGAUUACGUGCAUCAGAUAAUCAGCAAAGAUUGUCGAAUGAACUUAAACCGUUAAAAUCUCAACGUUUAUCAGUUAAUAAACGCGUAUUUGAACAACUGAAAAUACUUCAGGGAGAUCUCGCUGCAUGUGUUCAAGAAAUGGUGAAGUCACAUAAAGUUUAUGCAGAGGAAGAGAAACAAGCACAAGAAACUCGUUUAAAAACACUCGCUGCCAGAGAAAAGAUUCAGCGUCGAUCUACUGAUAUAUUUCAUUCUAUGGCACAAUUACACAAAAAUUAUGAUAAGCUUUUAGGUAAACGUCAAGCAUUUGAUGCACGAUCGGCUACUGCAAAAAAUGAAUAUUUAUUUCAAUUAACAGCAAUCAAUGCUCAUUUAAAGCAUUACUUUAGCGAGGAUUUACCAGUUUUAGCAAAAACAUUAGACGGUGAAUUAUACGAAAAGAUGGGAGAAGCCUUCACAGCGCUUUGUGAAAACGAGAUUGAGUUUUGCACAAAUACACAAAAACGAUUUGAUGCCUUACUCAAGGAAGCAUCACAUAUUAAUCGAAUCAAUGCCUGGGAGGAUUUUUUGAAGUCUUCACCGCAUUUUGAUAAGCCUGUUCAAUAUCACUUCGAGCCAAUGAAAGGAGAUGAGACAACAGUAUUAUACUCUGGUAAUAUAAAAGAAAGUAAUUUGGAACAAAUUGCACGUAAGCUAUCAAGGCGAUUAGUUGUCCGUGAACGGAGAAUUAAAUCUUAUGAGAAUGAAUUGAAAAUGUUACAAGCUGGUUAUGUAUCUUCACUGUCUGGCAUAGUUACUCCACAUCAACAAUCACAAUCGCAUCAAAUGCAACAGAAUACUUCAGAAACUGAAAAUAAUGAAGAAUUAUUAGCAUUCAAUCAGGAGUACGUUGAGCAUAAAGUUGAAGAAUUACAAUUCGCUAUACGUCGAGAAGAGAUUGAACGUGUAAAAAUAGAAGCUUGUUUAUCGUUAUUGCGCAAUUCAUCAAUUGAGGUCAACAAUUUCAUUGUUGAAGCUCGAAUAGCCGCUGAAGCAGCUGCUGCUGCAGCUGCAGCUGCGCAAUUUCAUAAUGAAAAUUCAAGUUCUGGUUUACUGAAUGAUUCUACUCCGAAUAGACGACCGAAUAUUCGACCGUCGGGUGAAGGAAGCAGUGAUAGUGCAGCUAGUAGUUCUGGUGUCAAUCAUUUUAUUGAUCAUGACUCAAGACUACUGAGUGAUUGGGAUCGACCAGUCAGAUCUUAUGGUUCUGGGAUAAUUGGUCGUGAUUCAGCCUACCCGGUCCAUAGAAGUUUUAACGAUGACGAUGGCGAUGAUGAUACUACUGGUCAAUUUUACAGAAGUAGAAUUAACGAUUGGUCCUCUACAUUUCCCAGACCGACAACUCUUGGUCAAGUGAAUAAUUCCAGUGAGAAAGGUUAUAAUUCUACGUAUAAAUCACCGCUACAGACAAAUACAAAGAUUACUUAUCCUAAUCAUAUUAACGCAUCCAAUAUUGAUUCUAUUGGUUCUAUAAAACAUGAUUAUCAGAAUGUUAACCAUAUGAAUCCACGAACUCGUGAUGAUAUUGCUGUCCACCGAUCAGUUAAUAGCAACUUUCAUAAUGGACAAAAUUAUAAUACUACUAGUAAUAGUAAUAAUUCAGUUAGUCAUCAUACUUCAAUAAUUCGUGUUGCUAGUUCAGACAAUUUUACAGAUAAUAAUAAAGACGAUGUUGAUUUUGAGGCUGUUUGGUCUGAAAAUGGUCGAUUACGUCGAGCUAAUGUAGUUCAUGAGUUUAGAGCUAAAAAACCAAAUGAAUUAGAUCUUGUUGUACAUGAAACUGUCGUCCUUUUAGAAGAUGAACACAAAAAUGGAUGGAUUAAAGUGAGAAGUUUAAUCGAUGGAAAUGAAGGUUUAGUUCCUUUCAGCUAUUUAAAACUGUGCAAUCCUCAUGUAACUAACGAAGAUCACAAGCUCAAUAACGAAAAUGAAAAGAACUCAUCUAACUCAGCCGUCCUUCCUGGAAAUACUGAUCAUAAUUAUCUAAAUAAAACAGGCCAGCUUGAUUUGGUAAAUACUUCUCUUCCUCCAGAAAUCGACGCACCCCGUCUUUCAUGCACAGAUGAACUUCUAGUAAAUGAAUCUCAACCACCACUAUCUGGUUCUUUUGUAAAAACAUUGAUUGACUUUCAUGGAACUAAUAUAGAUGAGUUAAGCUUUAAAGCUGGUGCAAUUAUUCGUGUAAUAGGUCGUGCACCUAAUAUCAAUGAUUUAAUUAACUCAUCAUCUGCAACAACAACUAAACGAGAUCAACUGACUUCAAUGUCCAAUUCUGGUAUUGAUGAUGGUUGGUGGGAAGGAGAUCUUCUACUGCCUGCAGCUGUUGAAGAUAAAGGAAAGCAAAAGUAUUAUUCUCAAAGAGGAGUUUUUCCGUCUAUGCUUGUACAACCUCUACCAUCAAGUGAUUCUACACUGUGGUCUGUCCGAUGGGAUGAUAUUUCACCAAUUCCAACAGGUUAUUCUAUAGAAGCAAAUCAAAAUGUGCAGCAAACUCAUACAAUACCAGAUUGUCCUCAUGAUGAUAUCAAAAAGGAUAAAAAAUGUAAACAUACUGAUGAAGAAGAUUAUAUUAGAUUGUAUGCAAAGGAAUUACCUUCAUCCAGUUCAAGUCGAGUGAAUAAAUUGAAUGGUGAAGGUUUCUGUUUACCAGAAAAUGCAGAACCAUCUGUAUCCUUGUCUUCACCUGAAGCCAAACCUUCACUGUCUAAUAAUACUUCAACAAAUCGACAACCACAUCAUAGUAACCAUUGUACACAUCAUCGUCAUAAACACUGUAAGGCAGAUGAAAAGAUUCCAAUUGCUGAAGUUUAA